AUGGAAGAACGUCGUAUAAGACGUAAAAAUGGUCAAAAACUUGCAUUUCUUUAUGGACAUAUGACAAAAAAAAUCUCAAUGAACGAAUUCGUCAAACAAGAACUUAUCAAUUAUUUUAUUGAUUUAAAUGCACGAUCGCUACCAUCAUUGGUUGAUGGUUUUAAAACUGCUCAACGCAAAAUUAUUUUCACUUGUUUCACACAAAAUGAUGAUAGUGAAACAAAAGUCACACAUUUAGCUGGAUUUACGGCUCAAUGUACAGCAUAUAGACAUGGUGGUCGAUAUUUGAUGCCUUUAAUCAUAAAAUUGGGCCAAAAUUUUAUUGGAAGUAAUAAUAUUGUAAUGUAUUAUCAUUCGCAAUCACACAAAUAA